AUGGUGAGAAUUGAAGCAGACCUAAGUCGAUAUUGUAUUGGUAAGGGGAGAGAACAACAAGUGGAUUUGUUAUCCGACGAUGAUUUCUAUUCGCAAGAAGAUUAUGAAGAACUUGAAAAAAUCGAAAAAUGGAUCAGAAAUUUAUUUUUAGUUCACGAAAAGGUCCCCUUCAUAAACAUCGACCAAAUAUUGGAUUUAUAUUAUAAGACCUAUUGUAGUGAAUUUGACUGGGACAAUUUCGCGAGGUCUUCUGAUACAACAUUAUCUGAAUUCAUACUUGAAACUUGGCCCCAAAGUUUUAAAAUUGUAACUUGUCCAAAUAACAACUCGGAAUGGAUUUCUUUAACUAAUUCAACCAUAAUUAAAGAUGAAUCUUUUGACGCGUUUCUAUCUACAAAGAAAACGAAAUCUAAUGGACAUGAUAAAGGCUUAUAUGAUAUCGGAUUUGGUCGGGACAUUGGCAAAGUUAAAAAUGAAAAGCGAUUGAAAAUGCAAAAGCAAAAGGCUGAGCAAAUUUUGUGGAAAACGCGAAAUUUAGUCCCAAAUCGGACCAUUUUAUAUCCGUGCUGUCUGGAAUUAUUAUACAAGGAAUUGUAUAAAGAGAUUGUUGAUAUUAAAUCAACUGAGUAUCAUAGUUUUUCAGAAUUAAUGUACAAUUCCAUAAUUUGGAAGCCUCUUGGAAAAGAUAAAUUUAUCGCGGUCAAAUCUGAAAAUCAAAAGUACGACAUAUCAUUAUCAAAGAAGGAAGAACCUAAACUGAACGAUUUGCAAUUCGGUGUAAUAUCCAUUAUAUCAGGUAAAUAUUAUGGUGACUAG